UUCAAGGCCCGGCAGCCGCAAUCAUGGCCUGUCCUGGGGCCUGGGCGCCGCUGCCGGAGUUACCAGAGAAGAACUGUGGGUACCGCGAGGUCCAGUACUGGGACCAGCGCUACCGGAACGCUGCCGACUCUGCUCCCUACGAGUGGUUCGGGGACUUCUCUUCCUUCCGUGACCUCCUAGAGCCGGAGCUGAGGCCGGACGACCGUAUCCUCGUGCUAGGCUGUGGAAACAGUGCCCUGAGCUACGAACUGUUCCUUGGGGGCUUCCCUGAUGUGACCAGUGUGGACUACUCAUCAGUAGUGGUGGCUGCCAUGCGGGCUCGAUAUGCCCACGUGCCCGAGCUGCGCUGGGAGACCAUGGACGUGCGGGCACUGGGCUUCCCCAGUGGCUCCUUUGACGUGGUGCUCGAGAAGGGCACGCUGGAUGCCCUGUUGACUGGAGAACAGGAUCCCUGGAAUGUGUCCUCUGAAGGUAUCCACACUGUGGACCAGGUGCUGAGUGAGAUGGUGGAGUACAAACGCGCCACGCUGCGGGAUGAAGACGCACCCGAGACCCCCGUAGAGGGCGGGGCCUCCCCGGACGCCGUGGAGGUGGGAUUCCGGAAGAGGACAAGACACCUCUUGGGCUCGCACACCCAGCUGGAGCUGGUCUUGGCUGGUGUCUCUCUACUGCUGGCUGCAGUGCUUCUGGGUUGCUUGGUGGCCCUGUGGGUCCAGUACCACAGAGACCCAUCCCACAGCACUUGCCUCACGGAGGCCUGCAUUCGAGUGGCUGGAAAAAUCUUGGAGUCCCUGGACCGUGGGGUGAGCCCCUGUGAAGACUUUUACCAGUUCUCCUGUGGAGGCUGGAUUCGGAGAAACCCUCUGCCUGAUGGGCGUUCUCGCUGGAACACCUUCAACAGCCUCUGGGACCAGAACCAGGCCAUACUGAAGCACCUGCUCGAAAACACCACCUUCAACUCCAGCAGUGAAGCUGAGCGGAAGACACAGCGCUUCUACCUCUCCUGCCUACAGGUGGAGCGCAUUGAAGAGCUGGGAGCCCAGCCGCUGCGAGACCUCAUUGACAAGAUUGGUGGUUGGAACAUUACGGGGCCCUGGGACCAGGACAACUUCAUGGAGGUGCUGAAGGCAGUAGCAGGGACCUACAGGGCCACCCCCUUCUUCACUGUCUACAUCAGUGCCGACUCUAAGAGUUCCAACAGCAAUGUUAUCCAGGUGGACCAGUCUGGGCUCUUUCUGCCCUCUCGAGAUUACUACCUAAACAGGACUGCCAAUGAGAAAGUGCUUACCGCCUACCUGGACUACAUGGAGGAGCUGGGGAUGCUGCUAGGAGGACAUCCAGCCUCCACGCGAGAGCAGAUGCAGCAGGUGCUGGAGCUGGAGAUACAACUGGCCAACAUCACGGUGCCCCAGGACCAGCGGCGGGAUGAGGAGAAGAUCUACCACAAGAUGAGCAUCGCAGAGCUGCAGGCCCUGGCGCCCUCCAUGGACUGGCUGGAGUUCCUGUCCUUCUUGCUGUCGCCGCUGGAGCUGGGUGAUUCUGAGCCUGUGGUGGUGUAUGGGACGGAUUAUUUGCAGCAGGUGUCAGAGCUCAUCAACCGCACAGAGCCAAGUGUCCUGAACAAUUACCUGAUCUGGAACCUGGUACAGAAGACAACAUCAAGCCUGGACCGCCGCUUUGAGUCUGCACAAGAGAAGCUGCUGGAGACCCUCUAUGGCACCAAGAAGUCCUGCACACCAAGGUGGCAGACCUGCAUCUCCAACACGGACGACGCCCUUGGCUUCGCUCUGGGCUCCCUCUUUGUGAAGGCCACGUUUGACCGGCAGAGUAAGGAAAUUGCAGAGGGGAUGAUCAGCGAGAUCCGGACUGCCUUUGAGGAGGCCCUGGGACAGUUGGUUUGGAUGGAUGAGAAGACCCGCCAGGCAGCCAAGGAGAAAGCAGAUGCCAUCUAUGAUAUGAUUGGUUUCCCAGACUUCAUCCUGGAGCCCAAAGAGCUGGAUGAUGUUUAUGAUGGGUAUGAAGUGUCUGAAGAUUCCUUCUUCCAGAACAUGUUGAAUUUGUACAACUUCUCUGCUAAGGUGAUGGCUGACCAGCUCCGCAAGCCUCCCAGCCGGGACCAGUGGAGCAUGACCCCCCAGACAGUGAAUGCCUACUACCUUCCAACCAAGAAUGAAAUCGUCUUCCCUGCCGGCAUCCUGCAGGCCCCCUUCUACGCCCGCAACCACCCCAAGGCCCUGAACUUUGGUGGCAUCGGCGUGGUGAUGGGCCACGAGUUGACACAUGCCUUUGAUGACCAAGGGCGCGAGUAUGACAAGGAAGGGAACCUGCGGCCAUGGUGGCAGAAUGAGUCGCUGGCAGCCUUCCGGAAUCACACGGCCUGCAUGGAGGAGCAGUAUAGCCAGUACCAGGUCAACGGGGAGAAGCUCAACGGCCGCCAGACGCUGGGGGAGAACAUUGCUGACAACGGAGGGCUUAAGGCUGCCUACAACGCUUACAAAGCAUGGCUAAGAAAGCAUGGGGAGGAGCAGCAGCUACCAGCCGUGGGGCUCACCAACCACCAGCUCUUCUUUGUGGGAUUUGCCCAGGUGUGGUGCUCGGUCCGCACACCCGAGAGCUCUCACGAGGGGCUGGUGACGGACCCCCACAGCCCUGCCCGCUUCCGCGUGCUGGGCACGCUCGCCAACUCCCGUGACUUCCUGCGGCACUUCGGCUGCCCUGUUGGCUCCCCCAUGAACUCAGGGCUGCUUUGUGAGGUGUGGUAGACUUGGGUUGGGAAGAAAUGGCCAGCUGUUGCCAGGGCCUGGGGCAGUUUGCCCAGCGAGGCUGCCUGCUCUGCGGUUUGGAGAAGGCAAAUGCCAGCUGGGCUGGGUCCGGCCCCUCCACACCACGGAUGACAUGAGUCCUAGUCCCUCCUCGACCACCACAUCGUGCCAAGGCUUUGGGGGUGUCCCUGCCUCCAGCAGAGUCCCCACCAUUCACUGUGACAUUCUUCCGCGUCACCCUGCCUGGAGGAUGCCUGGGCAGAGGGCACCAGUUCCCACAGGAAGGAGUCCACCUCUUCUGGUCCCAAGCUCCCUGGGCUUGGUGGCCACGGGGCCUGCUGUGACUGCCACAUGCUGACCACGCAGGGCCCUGCUGGUGUGCCUCCCACACUUCUCCCCAAGGCUCACUCAGUGCUCCCUCGGGAGUAGACAGAGCUCCUUUCAGCCCCACCCUCGGGGUGGCCCCCACCCCGUGUUCUUCCUGCUGCUGCUCCUAAUACUGCUGCCAGCCCUCGCUGACAAACCACCUGUGCUCAGUGCUUAGUGGAAGCCUUUACGAACCUUCCUGCCGCCUCCCAGGUUCCCUAGGCUCAGAGGGGAAGAGUGUACAUGUAGGGGAUGCUAGUCCCUGUGUCUCGGCAUGCAAGACUUAGGGGAUGACUGAUUCUCCCUGGACCAAGCAGGAAAGCAGACAGAGCAGGGAGAGGGAAGGAUAGAGUUUAUUUUUACAGGAAAGAGGGUGGGGAAGGAAUGGUCUUGGCCCUGUAGGACCCUGUGCCAAUAAACAGACACGCAUCAGUCAGCCUGUCUCUUCCUUCAGUCCUGUUUUCAUUUACUCAUUCCACCAGUAUUUAUUGAGUACCUGCUGUAUGCCAGGUACUCUUAUAGGCACGCAUUUACUCACGCACCAGGCACAGGGGACUGAAAUUUGAAGUCCCAAGAAGACAAAGAGGCAGGAUGGAGGAAUGGCAUGAAAUUGAGUCUGGCAAGUGGAGUACAUCCUCCGCUCACUGGUGGCCAUGUUCCAUCACUGGCUGUUCUAUUGCUGGAAGCGUUUGCUACGGCCCUCCGCUGGUGCAUGCAACUGGGUCUGACACUGAGUCUGGGUAACUACUUGGCCACGGUCGGCUUGGAAGACGGGUGGCCCUUACCCUGCAGUGGAGGGCGGCCCUGGCCAAGGUAGCAUUUCACUCCCUGGAGCUUGGAGCACCAGCCUCUGCUUGUGGCUGAGAAGACAUGCAUUUCUCCAUGUUCUCAAAGGCUUAGCGCUCCUGAGAGCCGCUCAUCCCACCUACACACGCGCAUCGAGGCCUACCAAGUUCCAGGCACAGAGACUGCGGGUUUGGCUGCCACCCUCCAGCACAAGCGAGGGAAACGGAGCAUUUACUGAUACCUCUGUGUUCCAGGCACUUCUGCUAGGUGGCUCAUUUCUUUCUUCAUUCAUUUAGUUAUACAUUUAUAUAUUCAUAGAUUUGUUUUUAUAAGUAUAUUGAUUACCAAUAAUGUGCCAGGCACUGGUGACGGAAAGAGGAAUACGAUGAUUCCCUCCCUCAGGUGACUCUUCUUCUGUUGGCACUUUCACCUUCAUAAGCUUGCCCGAUCCUCGCAGCAACAUAUUUUCUAAGUGCUCCAGUUUCCACUUUACAGGUCUAACUGUAAACACUUCACUGCAGUAAGAGACCUGGAUUGAAACUGAAGCUCUGACAGCUGUGUGAGCUUGAGCCGGUUCCCUAACCUCUACAAGCCUCAGUUUCUUCAUCUGUAAAAUAAGAACCAGAGCAAAGCGGUGGAAAGAGUCCAGUCUCAGUUCUCUUUAACAUGCAGUGUUCUCCAAGGUGUAAGUAGGUGUGGGUUUAUUAAGUUUGGAGGGGGAAGAGUGAAGCUUUGUCAGUGAUUGCUGCUGGGGUCACUGGUUCCUGGGCGAUGGCACCAGCACAUGUCCCACAGUCUGUAUCCUGUCACAGCAUCAGACUGUCCCCAUAAAGAGCUGUAUGUGGGUCUCUGUCAAGUUACUUGGAACUGUGGCUGCUCACCAAGGGAAGGAAAUUGCUGGCUACUAAGAAAAAGGAAAAGUGGCCUUGGGAACUCUAAGACCAAGGGAAAGCAUGGCUUGAGUCUCUGCUCUGAGAGCAAAACUCUAGGAGGGGGGGUGGCAAAGUGUAUUGGAAAGAGGAAGGCCGUCACAUCUGGAAAUCUGGUUCUGGCUCCAGUUCUGCCACUCCCCAGCUGUGACACCAGGCAUGGCUUAUCCCCUCUUCAGAUCU